GUGCGAUACCAGAGUGGACCCCGACUGACUAACAAAUAUAACCCAGCUAACCAACGACCCGCGUAACCUACUCAAGAGUUCGCAGAUCAGUCAGCGUGUCUACCUCUGCGAGGGAUGUCGUCCUCCGUUAUUUUCCUUACCCUGGUCACUACGCUCUCAGGGAUCUACGGAGCCCGGAUAAAAGAACUUAAUGUACCCAACGUGGUCCGGAAUGGAACGGGGCCGGUAACUCUGUCCUGCGUAUACGAGGUCAAAGAGGAUGAAAACGGUCUCGUUGUUAAGUGGUUCCACGACGAAGACGAGCUCAUUUAUCAGUGGAUUCCACCGAUGCCUCCGCAGGACAUCGGCGUGAUAACUGGACGGGCUGAAUACCCCGAGGAGCUCCUGGGUCGUCCUCGAACGCACUCGAUAAUCAGACUAAAGGAAGUGACGAUCGAGAUGGGAGGAAACUACACAUGCAGCGUGAGCACGUAUCAGGAAGAAGAGAUGAAAACGGCGCGGAUGAUCGUUUACGCUCCGGAGACCAACGUCACCAUCCACACACCGGAGUUGAACGCCACUCACACCCGGCUGACCUGCACUGUUCAAGGAGCAUGGCCGAGACCCUCUUUCGACUUCCGGAUCGACGGAGCCUCGGUCGAAGGUCGCAUGGUCUGGAACGGGAUCGAAAACUACAAGAAGGACGGGUUCCUCAUCAGGUACGACGCCGUGGUACCGAAGCCCACGGAACCGGCGCUCGUCGAGUGCGACUUCAACAUCCCGAUGACGGACUAUCGCCGACGGGAAAGCGUCGUCUACUACCCUCGUUCGCAUCGUUCCACUUCUACUUCCAUUGCCGCCUCCACGACUCCCAGUUCUUCCUCUUCUUCGUUGGCGCCCACCUCGAGACCUCCUUCAACCUUGACCUCGGCUACCAUCCACUCCGCAACGUCCACCGCUCCUGCUUCCUCCACUUCCGUCUCUUCCUCGCCCCGGACAUCAGAGCACGCUGGUCCCACCACGCCAUCGACGAACCCCUCGGAACCAACCGCACGGAUCGCUGUCAGCACUCCUACAGAUGCACUGAAACCCUCGACCUAGUUUUUGGUUCACGCAGUAUUUUGCUCCACGUUGAAUUUUACCACCCUAAACGUCCAUAGACGAGUUACUCCGGAAAGAAGCAGCAUACCAGAAGAACGAUUCGCCGAAAUCAGGAAAUCCGUGCAUCGCCGUAACGCUCCUAGCAUUAUUUCUAGUCGUAUAGUAUAAUAAAUUGAGUAAUACAUCAUUGUAACCUGUCUAAAAUUGUCAGAAAAAAGAUCGACGUUGUAUGAGGUAAGUUGUACCAGUUACCGUCCCUGUCCCAAUUAUUGCCCUCUUUUUGGUUGCAUCUGUUUCAAUCUUAGUUCUAAAAUUGACCAAAUAAUAAAUUUGUAGCGUCUAAUCAUCUAGCAACUGGCUUUAGUAAUCGAUAAAUUUACAAUUUGUGCCAUAAAUCAAUAAUUUUGAAAAAAUAAGAGGGUCGAUAAUUGGGUCUAAACAUGUCAAUAACUGGUACAGUUAUCUUACCGACUACAACUUUCAGCUGCCAUGUCAUUGCGAUUCGUAAAUACAAAAGUUUCAACAAAAACUCCCGUUCCCCUUCAUCCGGGUAUUUACUUCAUAUGUUCACCGGUAAAAUUGUGUCUAUAAAAAAUCCCGACUUGAUACGGCGUGACUCGUCGAUAUCAAUCUUUCCGGGAACUACACCUAAUAAAGAGCUCUCCAGAUUACAA